AUGACACAAGACACAGAAACGACACAAGACACAGAAACGACACAAGACACAGAAACGACACAAGACACAGAAACGACACAAGACACAGAAACGACACAAGACACAGAAACGACACAAGACACAGAAACGACACAAGACACAGAAACGACACAAGACACAGAAACGACACAAGACACAGAAACGACACAAGACACAGAAACGACACAAGACACAGAAACGACACAAGACACAGAAAUGACACAAGACACAGAAACGACACAAGACACAGAAAUGACACAAGACACACAAACGACACAAGACACAGAAACUACACAAGACACAGAAACGACACAAGACACAGAAACUACACAAGACACAGAAACGACACAAGACACAGAAACGACACAAGACACAGAAAUGACACAAGACACAGAAACGACACAAGACACAGAAACGACACAAGACACAGAAACGACACAAGACACAGAAACUACACAAGACACAGAAACGACACAAGACACAGAAACGACACAAGACACAGAAACGACACAAGACACAGAAACGACACAAGACACAGAAACGACACAAGACACAGAAACGACACAAGACACAGAAACGACACAAGACACAGAAACGACACAAGACACAGAAACGACACAAGACACAGAAACGACACAAGACACAGAAACGACACAAGACACAGAAACGACUCAAGACACAGAAACGACUCAAGACACAGAAACGACACAAGACACAGAAACGACACAAGACACAGAAACGACACAAGACACAGAAACGACACAAGACACAGAAACGACACAAGACACAGAAACUACACAAGACACAGAAACGACACAAGACUUAGAAACGACACAAGACACAGAAACGACACAAGACACAGAAACGACACAAGACACAGAAACGACACAAGACACAGAAACGACACAAGACACAGAAACGACACAAGACACAGAAACGACACAAGACACAGAAACGACACAAGACACAGAAACGACACAAGAUACAGAUCUCACAGUGCAGACGUUUGCCGAACUGAAAACAGACAUCUUUUCGGUGGAAUGUUGA